UAUACAACCCAUCAGGUCGUCUGCAUCAACAACAUAAACUUCCAGAGAAAAUCUGUUGUGGGAUUUGUGGAACUGACUAUAUUUCCCACAGUUGCAAACUUCAACAGAAUCAAGUUGAACAGCAAGCAGUGUAGAAUAUACCGAGUAAGGAUCAAUGAUUUAGAAGCUGCUUUUAUUUAUAAUGAUCCGACAUUGGAAGUUUGUCACAAUGAAUCAAAACAGAGAAAUCUCAAUUAUUUUUCCAAUGCUUAUGCAGCUGCGGUGAGUGCUGUGGAUCCUGAUGCAGGAAAUGGAGAACUUUGCAUUAAGGUUCCAUCAGAGUUAUGGAAACACGUUGAUGAAUUAAAGGUCCUAAAGAUACACAUCAAUUUUUCUUUGGAUCAGCCAAAAGGAGGUCUUCAUUUUGUGGUACCCAGUGUAGAGGGAAGUAUGGCAGAGAGAGGUGCUCAUGUUUUCUCUUGUGGGUAUCAGAAUUCCACAAGAUUUUGGUUCCCAUGUGUUGACUCAUACUCUGAAUUAUGUACAUAGAAAUUAGAGUUGACAGUAGAUGCUGCGAUGGUGGCUGUUUCCAAUGGCGAUUUGGUGGAGACAGUGUAUACCCAUGAUAUGAGGAAGAAGACCUUCCAUUACAUGCUUACCAUUCCAACAGCUGCGUCAAAUAUCGCCUUGGCCAUUGGACCUUUUGAAAUACUUGUAGAUCCAUAUAUGCAUGAGGUUGCUCAUUUUUGUUUACCCCAACUUCUUCCAUUGCUUAAACAUACCACAUCAUAUCUUCAUGAGGUUUUUGAAUUUUAUGAAGAAAUUCUUACAUAUCGAUACCCAUACUCCUGCUUUAAGACUGUAUUCAUCGAUGAGGCUUAUGUUGAAGUGGCUGCUUAUGCUUCUAUGAGCAUUUUUAGCACAAAUCUAUUACACAGUGCCAUGAUUAUCGAUGAGACACCUUUGACUAGAAGGUGUUUAGCCCAGUCCUUGGCCCAGCAGUUUUUUGGAUGUUUCAUAUCUAGAAUGUCUUGGUCUGAUGAAUGGGUACUGAAGGGAAUUUCAGGCUAUAUUUAUGGACUUUGGAUGAAAAAAACUUUUGGAGUUAAUGAAUACCGCCAUUGGAUUAAAGAGGAGCUGGACAAAAUCGUGGCGUAUGAGCUGAAAACUGGUGGAGUUUUACUACAUCCCAUAUUUGGUGGAGGAAAAGAGAAGGAUAAUCCGGCAUCCCAUCUAUACUUUUCAAUAAAGCAUCCACAUACGCUGUCUUGGGAGUACUACACUAUGUUCCAGUGUAAAGCUCACCUUGUAAUGAGAUUGAUUGAAAAUAGGAUCAGUAUGGAAUUUAUGCUACAAGUUUUCAAUAAACUGCUAAGUUUGGCUAGUACUGCUUCAUCUCAGAAGUUCCAGUCCCAUAUGUGGAGUCAAAUGUUGGUUUCCACAUUUGGGUUUUUGAAAUCCAUCUCGAAUGUCUCUGGCAAAGACAUUCAACCUUUAAUAAAGCAGUGGGUAGACCAGAGUGGAGUGGUAAAAUUUUAUGGAAGUUUUGCAUUUAAUAGAAAACGAAAUGUCUUGGAAUUGGAAAUAAAACAAGAUUAUACAUCACCUGGAACUCAGAAAUAUGUGGGACCACUUAAAGUGACAGUGCAGGAGUUAGAUGGAUCCUUCAAUCAUACAUUGCAAAUUGAAGAAAACAGCCUUAAACAUGAUAUACCCUGCCAUUCCAAAAGCAGAAGGAAUAAGAAGAAGAAAAUUCCACUGAUGAAUGGAGAGGAAGUUGAUAUGGAUCUUUCUGCAAUGGAUGCUGAUUCCCCUUUGCUGUGGAUAAGGAUAGACCCAGAUAUGUCAGUCCUGAGGAAAGUAGAAUUUGAGCAAGCGGAUUUCAUGUGGCAGUACCAGCUCCGCUACGAGAGGGAUGUGGUUGCACAGCAAGAGUCCAUCUUGGCCUUGGAAAAGUUCCCCACACCAGCAUCGCGGCUUGCCCUCACUGACAUUCUAGAACAAGAGCAGUGUUUCUACCGAGUAAGAAUGUCAGCUUGCUUCUGCCUUGCAAAGAUUGCAAAUUCAAUGGUGAGCACAUGGACAGGACCACCAGCCAUGAAGUCACUCUUUACUAGAAUGUUUUGUUGUAAAACUUGUCCAAACAUUGUGAAAACAAACAACUUUAUGAGCUUUCAAAGUUAUUUUCUACAAAAGACUAUGCCAGUUGCAAUGGCUCUAUUGAGAGAUGUUCACAACCUUUGUCCCAAAGAAGUCUUAACAUUUAUUUUAGACUUAAUCAAGUACAAUGACAACAGAAAAAAUAAGUUUUCAGAUAACUAUUAUCGUGCAGAAAUGAUUGAUGCCCUUGCCAACUCUGUUACACCUGCAGUCAGUGUGAAUAAUGAAGUUCGAACUUUAGAUAAUUUAAAUCCAGAUGUGCGACUCAUUCUUGAAGAAAUCACCAGGUUUUUGAAUAUGGAAAAACUUCUUCCAAGUUAUAGACACACCAUCACUGUGAGUUGUUUGAGAGCCAUACGAGUGCUUCAGAAGAAUGGUCAUGUUCCGAGCAAUCCAACUCUUUUUAAAUCCUACGCAGAAUAUGGCCACUUUGUGGACAUUAGGAUAGCAGCUCUGGAAGCAGUUGUUGAUUAUACUAAAGUGGACAGGAGUUAUGAAGAACUGCAGUGGCUCCUUAAUAUGAUUCAGAAUGACCCUGUACCCUAUGUAAGACAUAAGAUUCUACACAUGUUGACUAAGAACCCACCAUUUACUAAGAAUAUGGAGUCUCCCUUAUGCAAUGAAGCCCUGGUAGAUCAACUUUGGAAACUUAUGAAUUCGGGUACUUCACAUGACUGGAGGCUACGGUGUGGUGCUGUGGACUUGUACUUCACACUUUUUGGACUCAGUAGGCCUUCCUGCUUACCCUUGCCAGAGCUUGGGUUGGUUCUUAAUCUAAAAGAGAAAAAAGCUGUCUUGAAUCCAACCAUAAUUCCAGAGGUCAUCACAGGCAACCAAGAAACUGCAAUUAAUCCAAGUGGCCACGCACAGCUAGUUGGAUUUCAGAACCCUGAAGUUGAUCAUCUUGCCAAGGAAGCAUCAUGUAAUAUAUCAGCUCAUCAGUGGGGAGUGAAGAGGAAGUCUGAUACAAAACUGGGUUCUCCACUAGAACCUGGUCAAAUACUGGAGAAGAAUGAGGAUAGCAGUAAAGUCAAACUCAAAAUCAGAUUUUCAAGUUCUCAAGAUGAAGAGGAGAUUGAUAUGGAUACUGUACAUGACAGCCAGGCGUUCAUUUCUCAUCACUUGAACAUGCUUGAAAGGCCGUCUACUCCAGGGCUCUCUAAAUAUCGGCCAGCUAGCUCGCGGGCUUUAAUGCCCCAGCAUUCACCAGGGGGUGAUGGCACACCUCUCACAAAGCCCCAGUGGGGGAUGGAACUUGCACGGAAGGGAACAGGAAUUCAUUUGGGUGUUUUUAAUCUUGAAGGUAAAGAGCAGUCACCUUUGGAGAUGAGUAUGCAUCCAGUUGCAACAGCCCCACUCUCGGUGUUUUCUAAGGAAUCGACGUCCUCCAAACACAGUGACCACCAUCACCACCACCACCAUGAGCACAAGAAGAAGAAGAAGAAGCACAAACAUAAGCAUAAGCACAAGCACAAGCAUGAGAGCAAAGAGAAGGACAAGGAGCCUUUCACCUUCUCCAGCCCCGCCAGCGGCAGGUCUAUUCGCUCUCCUUCUCUCUCCGACUGAGACCUUUGCCUCUGUCCGCAAGAGGUAUAACUGAAGCUCUGGCCUCUGUAAAGAACGAUAAAAGGAAAAAAAUUGCCUCUCAGAGAAAUUCAGAAUUCAUUUAAAUUCUAAAUAUUUGAUUUCUAUUAUUUACACAGUUGGGAUGUGAUAAGGAAAAUGUGUUUAUGUUCUGAAUAAACCAUUUCAUCCCAUUACCUCCUUAAAGCGUGCACACACACACGCACCCCACACACAGAGCAAACGCUUUUUCAUACAGUCCCUCGUAUCCACUGGCAGUCCCCAUUCACACCACGGACUCCAUGCGUGCUGCCACAAAGCAUGUUUGAAAGCCUUUGAUGGAUGUUAUCGAGCAAAGUUUUAAACAGAAGCUACUGCCAAGCCUGUGGUGGAACCACUGUUUCCAGUGACAGAUUAUAUAACACCGUUUGGAACUACUGAAGAAAACAGAAGCUUUUCUAUAGGAGUCUCUCUAUUGCAUGUUUUUUUGUGUGUGUGUUAACCAUAGAGCCUAAGCAUCAGAAUUUAUAAACAAGACUACAUGGUAUUUUCUUUUGCCCAAAAGUCCUGAAAUUUUUGGAAGCAGCUUUACAAAAAAAGAAAGAAAAAAAUUUAAAAACUCUUUUGAUAAUACAUUUGGCAGUUAUGAUGUUGGAAUUUAACAGAACCAUCAGAUCCAGUUCUUAAAUCAAGAUGUUUAAAUUACGUUAUUUUUUCAUUAAGUAUAAGUGAAAAUGUCCAUACUUAGAAUAUAUUUGCUAAAUGUGAACAAUUUACACACCCAACACAUUCUAAAGUUAUUUCUCUGUGACACAAGCUAUGAUACGUUAAAAUGGUAUCAAUAGACUGUUUACUAACUUCAACAUAGACAAUUUGGCCUUCAUGUGAGUAUACACAGGCAUUUAAAAGACAUGAAUAUUUUGGUUUCAUACUUCAAUAGUUUGUAUGUUUUUGUUUUUAUUUCUGAAUUUACCAUGUACUUUAUUGUUUAAAAAUUUUUAAUAUGGGUUGUAUUUUUAUCCUUUCCCUUAAGAAGUUUGGAAGAUACUUCUUCCCAGAAUAGAUAUUUCAAAGGGAUCCAAUAGUUAGACGUUUCAAUAUACUUUUAUUUGUAUUUAACUUGUUUAAUAAAUGACUUUUUAAAUGGA